GCCAUAACAAUGGCGGAUGAGGUGAAGCUUCAUGGAAAUUGGCUAAGUCCAUUCAGUUGCAGAGUCAUCUGGGCUCUAAAGCUGAAGGGGAUCCCGUAUGAAUACGUAGAAGAAAAUGUUGCCGACAAAAGUGCUCUGCUUUUGCACUACAAUCCUGUCUACAAGAAGAUUCCGGUGCUCGUCCACGGCCGAAAGCCGAUCUGCGAGUCCAUGAUCAUCCUCGACUACAUCGACGAGACUUGGCCGGAGAACCCGCUCCUGCCCUUGGAUCCAUUCGAGAGAGCCACGGCUCGCUUCUGGAUCAAAUUUAUAGAGGAUAAAAGCCCGGUGCUUUGGGGAGUGUUUCUGGCGGACGGGGAAGACGAUAGGGAAAAGGCAAGGAAGGCAACAUUGGAAGUACUGCAGACGCUGGAAGAAAAGGCGUUCGGGGACGAGAAAUUCUUCGGCGGAGACGAGAUUAACAUGGUGGAUUUAGCAUACGGGAUGCUAGCGCGGUGGAUGCCGGUGAUCGAAGAGGUUGUUGGCGUAAAACUCCUCGAUCCCGACAUGUUCCCUCGCCUCCAUGCUUGGGCGGAGAACUUCCGGCAAGCCGCCGUCAUCAGAGACAACCUGCCUGAUCACGACCAGAUGGUGCCCUUGUUCAAGAUCCGGCGAGAGCAGCUACUCCAAAUUGCCAGGAAAUGAUUAGUGCGAUUUUGUCUUCGCAGUGUGUUUGACUUUGUGGCUUUUAAAUUAUUAUUAUAAUACAUGUUUUAUGUGUAUGAUUAAAAAUAUUAAAAAUAAAGUUG